GCUUUUGCUUCCAGCAUGGACGUGUAUUUAAGGGGAUAUAAGUUCGUGCUUCCAGUAUUAUUUAGUAACUGGCAGGUAUAGCUAUUGAUUGAAAACAUGUAAGGGAACGAAUUUAACCUUUGUUUGAACAGGCCCAAAGAUCAAAAAACCUUUAUAAAAGGACUUAACGAAAAAGCACUCAGGAAAGAAUGUCCCGCCUUCGACAACGCAGACUUGGUCAGCUGAGGCAAACUAUUGGUGAGAAAGUUGAACUUCUUCAGCGGCAAAAAGCAGAACUAAUUUCUGUUCUUGAUGAAUACAUCGGUCAGGCAGAGUCUAUGGCAGUAAAACUAUUGUCUUCUCAAGAAAAAGAAGCAGGUGAUGAUCUGUAUCUUGAUGUGAUUUGCCUACUAGAUCGUCGUUCGCAAGUCUGUGUCCAACUAACAUCUAAGACAUAUGACAUAAUAGAUGCUAAUGAAGAUGAAACUGAAGAAAAGAUUAAAGGGGUAUCUAACAACUCUGGAAAACCCUCCUCACAGAGUGGAUUUCAGGAUUUAGAUUCAGAUAAUCAUUGUGCUCCAGGCAAGGAUAAAGAACCUACUGCAGGGCAUCAAGAUUGCAGUAGCAAACCACCAAAAAAUGAGCAGUCCAACAACAGCAAGCUGCAGGCUGUCGAGCCAAGACCUGAUGUCAGUGUUAGCAAAGAGACUCCUCAUCCACAGCAGACUAACUCUGUUCCAGAUCUGCCUUCCCCUUCUUCUUCUUUAUGCCAUCCACUUAUUUCUUCUGCAUUACCAUCAGAAGUAGGAUUGACGCAAGAACUGUCUCAUCACUGCCAUCCUUUAGUUUCUAAUUCUGAAGAAUUGCUGCAAGUGCCCCCUGUUCUUAGAGAACCAAUGACUUGUACAGCUGUGGAUGCUGAAGUUACAUCUAAUAGGUUGCCGGAAGGCAAAGCAGUGAAGGUGAUAGUUAGUGCUGUAGAGAACCCUUCGAGUUUUUAUGUCCUCACUUCAGAGCAAGAUGCUGCCAACCUCUCUGCAGAAAUAAGGAAGUAUACACAACAGAAUCUACCAUGCUUGGAAAUUGUUGAGAAAGGGACACUUUGCUUGGCCAAGUACACUGAUAACUUUUUUUACCGUGCAUAUAUACAAUAUGUUCUCAAAGAAAAUGUAGGGGUGUUUUUUAUUGACUUUGGAAACAUCCACACUUGUCAGAAGAACAUGCUGCUGACCUUGCCACUGGAACUGCAGACAUUACCUGCCCUUGCAAUUCAUUGCUGCCUGGCUGGAGUUAUGCCAACAAGCAAAAGUGGCUUGUGGCCAGAUGAAGCCAUUAACCUUUUCUCACAAAGUGUCAAUCAGUGGGUAAUUUGUGAAGUCUUGUGGCAGCCACCACCAGCUUCUGCCAUCCCAGCUGUUGUCAACCUGAUGUGGCCAACAUCUCCGACUGCAGCUGCAGGGGUCAGCAUGGAAGACAUGAACAUCAGUUUGUCAAUUGAUCUCAUCAUCCAGAAUGUUGCUCAAGCUGUUGACUUAUCAACCCUCAAAUCCUUUCUUCUUGAAAACAACGGCAGCCUUUGUCCUGCAGCAGAUUCUGAAGCUACGAACAACACAACUGCAUUUGCCAAAUCUGCCACAGCUUCAGGUAGACAGAUUGCUGUUAGUACUGAAGUGAACACAGCAUCAGAAACAAAUGGAAUCUCUUGUGAAUUGCAUACUACAGCCAGAAAAUCCAUUCUGUUGCAUCCAACAUCCAGUGUGUGUCGGCCUAAAAAAGACAAAUCAUUUGCGUUAAGGAGUAUGAGUGAUGGCAGAAUGAGGCCUUUUCAGCGGAUGAUUUUCAGGAGUCUUGGACUGCAGAAUGAAAGACGAGAAAGUGUUAAGCUCAAAGAAAUGGUAAGUGAAAAAGGUCACAAGCAGCAUGGACAGCAAGAUGUCAUGGUCAGUCAAGAGGAAAUGAAUGUUGGCAGUAGUGAGAGUGCCCUUAUGGAAAGAAGCUUGACCCAGAAUGGUAGCUACAUUCAAAACGCUGGUUCAGAAAGCACUAAUAAUGAGAGCCAUGCAUCUUUAAGCAGCAGUUUGCACAAUGAGCCAGACAUUUUUAAAGAGAGGAAGAAAUUCAGAGCUUUGGGUUCUCUUGUUUUAAGUCCAACUGACUUCUAUCUCCACAAGGUGUGCAGGUCAACGGGACGUACCCUCCUCCAUUUAAUGGAGAGCCUGAACAAAAAAUUGGAGGAGACUCCCACUGCCAUCUUGCAGCAUUGUAGUGAAAACAUGGUGCUUGAACCUGGCGUUCUGUGUUGUGCUAGAUUUACAAAAGAUAACCAGUACUACAGAGCACUUGUUCUUGAAACUAAGACUCCGUCCGCAUUAUCUGCAUCUACAUCACUUGAAUUGAAUAUCAAGGUGUUCUACAUCGACUAUGGUGACACAGAAUGGCUCACCACUUCUCAAGUGUUUCCUCUCCCAGAGAACUUUCAUGCAGUCCCCCCACAAGCAUUAUGGUGCUCCUUGGCUUUUGUCCAACCUGCAGGAGGGGAAAGGUUGAAAAGUAAGUGGUUGGUGGAAGCUACGUCUGCUUUUGAGGAGAUGAUGGGGCAAGGCAACAAAGUUCUGACUGUCAUUGUGAUGUCUGGAGACAUACCUGAGAAUACGUGCAGGGGAGAUGCUGUUCAGAAAAGCCCAUUGCAAGUUAUCCUCAUUGAUGAUGCGGAUGAUGAUCUAUGCAUUAAUCAUGAGCUCGUUCUCCGUGGACAUGCCAAAUUAAAUGUGACAUCAUCAUCAAUUGCCAAGGAAGAACAGCAGUCAUUAGCAGAUGCAGAAAAAUUAGAUGACGAUGACCUAUGGGACGGGAUGAAAGAGGAUGCAAACUCACUCCGUAACACCUACAACGUGGAUGUUACUGAUGUUGGUGUAGCACUAACAGGAAUCAAAGAAAGUGGUUGGAGACGGGCAGUCUGCAAGUAUUUCAACAGACCCAGCCAGUGUUGGAAAGGAGACAAGUGCAAUUGGCUUCAUGUGAAACCUGGACUACAUACUAACAUGUCUGGAAAUCUGAGACAGGUGCUUGUAUAUAAUGAGGAUCAGUCAGAAAUCUUGCCCAAAGCAGGAACCUAUGUGAUUGUCGAAGUCAGCACUGUGCUGAACCCUAACCACUUUUAUGUUCUUCUUCCGUGGGGUCCACACACAGUGAAAGAAGUAAAAGAGGAAACAAAAGAGGUUUUGGAUUACGUAAAGAUGGAAACACUUCAGUCUCUGAAAGCAGCCAUGCAGGAAUUUUACAAGAACAAGAGACUUGACACGGAUUAUUCUGUCUAUGGCAAUGGUGAGGCUGUGGCAGUCAAAUCCAGAAGAGAGUGGUUCAGAGGAAAGGUGAUUGAUACGGAUCCUGACAAAGAGGAGGUUGAGGUGCUCUACAUUGACUUUGGCAACACAGAGUGGGUGUCUGAACAUGACAUCCGACAUCUGGAACUGCAGUUCAUUCAUCUGCCACCUCAGGCUGUUGAGUGUAGCCUGAACAGACUUGUGCCCAGACUGCCUGUUGCUACCUGGCCAGAUGCAGCAAGUGCCAGGUUUUUGAGUCUUGUGGAGGGCAAAACCUUGGUAGCCUAUGUUGUUAAAAGCAUGUUCACUGGCCGCCUUGUUGUGGAUCUCAUAGAUACAAGUGGCGAUCAGGAUGUGAACAUUGCAGAUCUCCUCAUCCAUGAAAGGUUGGCCAGCCCUGCCACUGAAAAUGGGAGUGAUGGCAACAGAGACAGAAUCCAGAAAACCUUUGUGAAGAACUCACAACUGCACUAUGUGCCAGGCUGAGGUGCAGAUAGGACAGUCAGACCUAGGGUGGAGCUUGUCAACAGUCCCCACUACUGCAGUCUUCUGGGCCUCCCUCACUCUACUUAUUUUUGAUUACUUUUUUGGUUGUUUUCAAAAGUGAGGUUCUAUUCCAGUUUACCUCUUAACAAUAAUUCAUUAGUUCUGCAGAUGCAGAACGUAAAAGGUAUUGUUUUUAUUUAAUUUUACACUUUUGGCAUGUUAAAAAUUCAUUUAAUCAUCUUAAUUUCACACUAAAAUGUGUAUCAUGAUAAAAGUUGCAAUUCUGAAAUCUCAUUUCUGAAAGAAGAAAUCAAUUUGGCUCACCUUCAUUGUUUUUCUUUUAAAUAUGCUUUGUUCAUCAAAACACAGGUUUGGAAAAUAAUCUGGAUCUCUGGAAUUUAAGAAAGCUAAUUGAAUGUCUGUGACAUUCUGUUGACUUUUUUAAUAUGAGGAUACCUAGAUUAUAGAAGUAAAACUCCACUGGUAAAAACUCUGGAGGGCAUGGUGGAUGAUGAUUUAAGUUUUUCAUUUUGCCCAUCUCACAUGGGUGACUCCACAUUAUUCAUUUAUUCAUCUCAUUAGUACUGGUUGUUAAAGACACGUGUGUAAUAACUGUAAAGACAGCUAACAAGGUGAAUCACUAAGGCAUGUCUUAUGCCAUCAUGAUUAUUUUCUGCAUGAGAUGACCAGUCCAUUCCUCAGUUUUAAAUCAUAAAUUACCAUGCCCAAAUCAAGUCCAACUAAUUUUGCUUUAAAAAAUUACAAGGGCAACUCCAUUCUGCACAGAACCCACAGGAGCUCUGAGGAUGACCUCAUAUUUGAUGUAAGCAGCCUUAUGUCGUCUGCUUAAAGUCUGACCAUGUUAAACAUGAAAGCAAGUUUGUAGUGAGAUGUAAAUAUAUUUUUUGUUCCUUUACUGAUAAUAUUUCAUACUUUCUAGAACAGUGUCCUAACAGGCAAAAUGCUGUUGGACCGUCUUAGAUGAGUGAAAUCAUCAGCUAGAAGUUGGUUAGUGCCUUAAAGAUCUUUGAAUAAAGAUAAUUAUCAUAGCUUUUGGAAUUUUCUUGCAUUGAGGCUUCACCUUGCGUGUGAUUACGUGAUGUGCAUGUGUGACUGUAUGAUAUUGUGAUGCUGUAAACAUGUGAAAUACUGAUUGUAUUUCCUGAGUGGCUGCUUACUAUGAGCUGUCCAUUUGAGAAUGCUUACAGAAUGGAUUUUACCAUUUUUCCUUCAUACUUCAAAAUGAGAUUUCAAGUUAGUGAUACUGUAGUUCUGACAGUAUAAUUCUAAAAUGCUAAAGUGCUCAAAUAAUUGUGUACCUUUUCGAUUUUGAUUUUUAAGUUUGGGGUGGGGGAUCGAGCCAGCAGCUAAGGCUAUAUCAUGGUAAAGCAGCCUGCCCUGUAGACAGAUGCCACAUGCAGAGGAAAAAAAGCAUGCCCAAGGUGAAAUCUGAAUCCAGGACAGCCAACCUUCUCUGUGUCAGUGACAGGAACGAACCAUUACGCCACCAGGCCACCAUGUUGGGAGGAUGCAGACAGCAUCACAACUGCUCAGUAUCACCCUUUUAAAAGAACAUUUUGCUGCUUGAUAGCAACAUAAAGAAACCAUUGGUGCAGGGGCUAACUGGUGUGAUAUUUUAAUUGAAAAUACCACCAGCAAGCUAAAUCAUCAACAUUAAAAGCAGUAGAGGAAGGUUGAGAAAGCAUGCAUAUUUUAUGUUCUUGGUCAUGUGUAAGUGACCCUACAGUCUGGCCAUUCAUUUAACCAAAAUCGAACGUAAUAGACUUAAAAAGUAUAAAGCUGCCAGGUUAAAUAAACUUUUCUGAAAAAUAAUAUUAUGGAUGAAGCUCAAUCAUAGUGUAAGAGUGUGUGAGGAAAAAACUGCAUGUAUGUGUUUGUACACACACACGUGUUCAUCAGCACAUUAAAAAAAAAUUUUAAACCUGUAAUAAAUAAUAUCCGACAGUUCAAGUUUUAUACACAGCAUGCAGUUCUUGUAUUUUAUACAUCUGCUAAUUACACAUAAGAAAAACUUGUACAUAUACGAAAACUAUAAAAAAAAAAAAAGAAUUAUUUAAGCCAAUGUCAUGACUUUGUGAAUAAGAGCACAUUAGUAUUUGGAGCACAAAAUGAUUUUUCAAACCCGAGAAAGAAGAAAAUGAAGGUAUUAAGGAAUUCUGAGGGAAUCUUUUAAAAAAAGUGUGAAACAGAAGUAAAACAACAGCAAACAAAAAACUAACAUUGCAAGCAAACAGAACAUAUAAUAAAGGAUUCAUUUAGAAAGUAGAGAAACAUCUGACAAUAUUGGCUAAAUGAUGUAAAUAAGCCGGCUUAUUCAGACAAAAGGUAUGUAAGCAAUAAGUAGAUGAACAGGGUUUCAUGAUAUAAUAGUAAUAACAGAUGAAAUUAAAUAGUUUACAACCCUCUUUCCCUCGCAUGAGAAAACCUCUGCAAAAUAAACAGAUGUUUUAAUAUUCUGUAUUUGACUUUGCAUUAUAGCUCAUUAAGUGUCUGCUCAUUAGUGCAAGUAUUACCUAGAAAACUAAGUGUGGUGUGAGGUCAGAAUUAAACUGCUGAAAAUGUCUUAUUUCAUCUCUCUCAUCUGUACUUGUCUCAACAUAAAUGGAAUCGGGUCCAUUUGGUGGCAACUUUUAAGUCAGGGGAACAAAGUACAAGUAUAAAGCUUCUGGACGGAUUACAAUGUUACUGGUGUCAUGAUGACCAUGUGCAUCAAAGAGUGAGGUGCAAGGAUUUUAUUUCGCUCAUCUAUGAAAAAUAAUUUUCAGGUAACUGAUUUCAGUAUAUGCAAAAAACAUAAGGGACAUUAUUUGGUAAAUGUUUGAUAACUUGUCCAUUUUAUACGUGCAGGUGUUUGCACCAGAAGUGACAACAAUUCUACAAAAGAAAUGUUGCUUGCCUCAGCCAUACAAAGUAAAAAGCAUCAGAAACCAUAUUGUAAAUUUAGUACACCAUGAGUAAAUCACAUGAAUAUAAGCCAUUUGCAACAAUCAUGAAACAUUCAUUAACCACUUACGUACAUACAUGCUCAACCUUAGCAGACAUGAUUUCACUAGAUAAUUCAGUCAUCCAAACAGGUACAUCAUAUGUACACAUACGGGAUCAAAAAUUAAUCUCAAGAGACAGCUUUAGGUGAGGAGACCUAAUGACGAUAGUGCAAAAAGCCUUUGAAAUCUGAAGAAACUUGAAAGAAGAGCUGAACCGAAAUACCUUUUUUUCUGGCAUCAAAAUAUUGGUUAUCCAUUAAAACAUUAAGAUAUCAAUUAUGAUUUAUUUUUAUUGAGUUAUACAUUCUAUUUCAUAAUAUAUAUUACAUCUAUGAAAAAUGUAGGCUACAUCGUUGAGUUUAUCAUGGUACAUAUGUUAACGUACUUUUUGCUUCCAGUGUGAUAAUGGUUAUAGAGAAUUUCCUUUCCAGCCUGAAAAUUUCAAUUACCCCUAUGUUCUAUUUUAAAACACUGGCAUCAUCACAUAAAUAUGUUGUAUGCAACCUGCAGCCUACUCACAGCUUGCAGUAAGUUUUUGUCUUUUGUUGUUUUUUCAGGGUUUUUUUUUUUUUUGCGUAAAUGUAAUGUGUGCAAAUAGGCCAAAAUGUUAUCACUUCCUGAACAUUUAUGAAUUGAGUUGCAUCCUUUAAACUGGUAAACAGGACGACAGUUAACAAGCAGGUAAAGCUUUUUCCCAACCUCCCUUUAUCCUUUUAGAUCUAUGUGACUUUUGUUACCACUGUCCAGAAGAAUUGCUAAAAAUGAUUAAUUGUGGGGGAACACCUGGUUAGGGUUAGGGUUGAUGAUGAUGAUGGUGUGAAUGACAUGGAAAAAAAAACAAAUAUCCUGAGCCUCCUGCUGUGGUGCAGCUUAAAAACUGCAAAGAUAUUUCUGACUCUGCAAUGAUUUCAGCAGUUUCCAUCACCACUAAAUUUCAUUGCCUCCCCAGGUUUACAAGGUGCACUCAACUCACUGCCAUAUGAAACUCUAUGCUUGUCAAUUUUUACCCGCUCUUCAUAGAUCAUGAAAUUGUACAAGCUAUGAAAAAUUAAGUUUUUAUGCACUACAAGGUAUAUUUCAGGCAAAGAGGUUUGUAACUCCAAAACUUGCACAGAUCCAAACUGUACAGAUGGAAAUCUGAUGCAAUACAAAAAAAAUGUCACAGGUUUUGGUCAUCAUCAUACACAUUAGAGAUAAGCCUGUGAAGUCUUCCCUACUCGUCUUUCUCUGCAGAAUCACAAUACUCUCAGCUCUUGUUACCAAUCUCUCUUUGCAUUUUCUAUAUUUGUCUAUUUUUAGUCAUCAGUACUGUUGUUUAUCCUUUUGUCCUUAUAUGUUGUCCAUGCCGCGCUCUUGUCUCAAGUGCUAACAGCACACUCCUUACUAACAGGAGUGUGUGCUAUAUAAAUCAUGCAUUUAUUAGUAUUAUUAAGUCUGAAAAGCAUGAUAAUUAUCUUUCAAUGGAGAAAGUGAUGAUGACAAUAAUAAAACAUUUUCUCAAACGCUUAACAUGAAAAUACCCAAUUCAUUAAAAAAAAAA